AUGGCCCCAACCGCUCGGCGGAGCAACAGCUCCAUCCCGUCUGAGCUUGCUACGAGCAAAGCCGCUGUCGACGAUUUCAUUAAGCCCGGGGGCGUCGGUCAACGCCUCCAGGAAAACUCGUCGCGCGGCGAGAAGACUCGAAGCACAAGAACUGGAUAUACGAGUGUCCCGUAUGUCAGCUAUUUUUAUUCUCACCGCGAUGACCGCAACCGGAGGAAUCCGGCGAAACGCGCUGCAGCUAUUACUACUUCGGUCCUUGAGUUCAAGAAGCAGGUCGACCAGGGUACUUUAGAGCCCGAGUACAUGAAGAAGAUGCCCAUCUGCAUGGACAGCUACCAGUGGAUGUUCAAUACUAGUCGAGUGGCCGCCCGCCCUGCUGAUUACCCCAUCAAGUUUGCACCAGGAGAGAACAAGCAUAUCAUCUGUUGUUCCCCCAUUGGUGCACUCACGUCUGAGAACCGAGACGUUUGGGCCGAUGCCCGGCAACUUUUGGUUGAUGCCCACCCUAGCAAUGCCGCUGCGCUCGAGGCUAUCGAGUCCUCUUCCUUCGUGGUUUGCUUAGACGACGCCGCCCCCGUGACUCUAGAAGAGCGCGCACAUCAAUAUUGGCAUGGCGAUGGGGCGAACCGCUGGUACGAUAAACCCUUGCAGUUUAUCGUCAAUGACAACGGAACAUCGGGUUUCAUGGGCGAGCACUCAAUGAUGGAUGGUACGCCAACUCACCGACUCAAUGACUACAUCAAUGACCUCAUUUUCAAUAACAAAAUGGACUUUUCCGAUCCCUCUAUACGUUCCACCCUCCCAGAGCCCGAGGUGGUCAAAUUCCACGUCACCAACGAAGUCCAGGACGAGAUUGAUCGCGCGGUAAAGGAUUUCCGCACCGUUAUCGGCCAACAUCAGCUUGCUGUACAGGCCUAUCAGGGCUACGGCAAGGGGUUGAUCAAGAAGUUCAAAUGCUCGCCGGAUGCCUACGUUCAGAUGAUCAUCCAGCUUGCGUACAAUAAGAUGUACGGAAAGAAUCGCCCGACGUAUGAAUCUGCUGCCACCCGUCGGUUCCAGCAGGGCCGCACCGAAACUUGCCGCAGUGUAUCUGAAGCCUCUGUCUCUUGGUGUAAGGCCAUGUCGGAGCCCGCUGUUUCUAAUGAUGAAAAAGUGAGGCUCUUCCGAGCCGCUGUUGACUCCCACCUUGAAUACAUUGCCGCUGCUUCAGAUGGUAAGGGCGUCGAUCGUCACCUCUUCGGUCUAAAGAAGCUGCUGGAGCCUGGUGAGGAUCUCCUGCGAUUUUCAAGGAUCCCGCAUUCAGUUUCUCGAGUUCUUGGUACCUGUCGACCUCCCAGCUUAGUUCGGAAUUCUUCAAUGGCUAUGGCUGGAGCCAAGUGA